AGCAGAGGGAUGGUCUACCUGCAUUCUAAAAACAUUUACCACCGGGACCUGAACUCUAAGAACUGUCUCAUCAGAGUGGCUCCCGCGGGGGGAGGGAAGCUGUAGUGACAGAUUUUGGUCUUGCCCGGGAGGUGGUGGAUCUGCCUGCAAAAAAUGGUGAAAGAAAAUUGUCUCUUGUGGGCUCUGCCUUCUGGAUGGCCCCAGAAAUGUUACGUGGAGAACCAUAUGAUCGCAAGGUUGACGUCUUUUCUUUUGGAAUUGUCCUUUGUGAGAUUAUUGGUCGAAUUCCAGCAGAUCCUGAGAUCCUUCCAAGAACAAGAGACUAUGGCUUGGACGUGGCUGCUUUUCAAGCACUAGUUAAAGACUGUCCUCAUCGAGUCCUGGAGUUAGCAGCCAGCUGUUGCAGGUUGGAGGCAUUUAAGAGACCGUCAUUCAGUGAGGUUUUGGACGAACUUGAAGACAUUGCAGAGACAUUAGAGUCCCAGACAGAGACACAGAGCUUGUCAUAUUGA